CUCCAAGCUGCCAACACGACCGACCUCAACCAAAACACACCGCCAAUCAAUGUCCCCUUCACCCUAUAACAACGUCGUUUUGUCAUUUCUCGUACCGCCGUCGUUUUGUCAUUCCUUUUAACUUUUUAAGAGAGAGAGAGAGAGAGAGAGAGAGAGAGUUGUCCAGCGAAGUUGCAAGCAUCUGAAGACGUCCUCCGGUCGUCGUCGUGAUCGUCGGCUAAGCCACGGGCGUUAUGGAGAUGCAGGAGAGUGUAUUGGCGCUUACGGAUCUGGCAGUUCUGCCUACUAGUGCAGUUUUUAAUGCUGUCAAGAUGAUCAAUAAUGAAGGAGUGGGCAACAUUGAUCCUCAAGUCAUCACGCAAGCUUCUCUACUAUAUAAGCUGCCGAUGGAUUUUGCAUCCGUGGAUAUCAUGGUUUUUAUCUGUAGUUCAUCUGAAUUUCCUGAUCAUCAGUUGUUUGAGGAAAUCCCAAGAGUGGUGAAGCCUGGUGGAAUGGUCCUACUUCACCAGAGCUCCGAAUCUGCACCAGGGGAAAUGAAAACUUCUCUCCUUGUGCGCAAGUUACUGGUGGCAGGGUUCGUAGAUGUAAAAGUUUUCCCAGUGAAUUCCGUUUUACAAUCUGAAGCAGCACAGUUCCUUGGGAUUAAAGCCAGGAAGCCUUCUUGGAAGAUUGGCUCAUCCUUUGCUCUCGAGAGGAAGCCCACAAAAGUCUUACCUAAAGUCCAGAUUGAUGAUGAUAUGGAUCUUAUUGAUGAGGACAGCCUCUUGAGUGAGGAGGAUUUGAAGAAACCCCAAUUGCCGCCUAGUGGUGAUUGCGAAGUUGGAAGUACCAGGAAAGCCUGCAAAAAUUGCACUUGUGGGAGGGCUGAAGUAGAGGAGAAAGUGCAAAAGCUAGAACUAACUAUGGACCAUCUCACCAAUCCUCAAUCAGCAUGCGGCAGCUGUGGACUAGGUGAUGCUUUUCGAUGCGGCACAUGUCCUUACAAGGGCCUUCCUCCCUUCAAACUUGGCGAGAAGGUUACUCUAGCUGGGAACUUCCUUGUGGCCGACAUUUAAGAGGUUGAAAAGGGAUAUGCCCCUGUUGUUUGAAGCCUUCGAAACUACACGAGUAUCUGGAUCAGUGAGUGAAAUCUUUAAGAAAGCAUACCAUCCAUGAAAUUCAGAUGUACACCAACUGUUUUUGGUUCGUUUGAUACAAAAAAAAGAAGUUAGAGUAGACCGGAUGGAGAAAAACCUGUCCAGUUUCUUAUUUUUGGCUGCUGUCUACCUUAAUUUGUAAAUUGUUCCCAUCCGCUAAGUUGCUUGUGCCGUCUUUGAUUACAGUAGGUCGUUAAUUUUGGCUUUCACAAUUACAGCUUGUAUUGAAGUACCGGCGAAAGAUUCUGUUAAGGCUUCUGGACAUUGGUGCAGAUUUGCUCCAAAAGAGAAAA